UGUAUAACUGCUGUGCAGUCUGCUCUAAGUUUGCUCUAAAGAGUCAGCCAUAAGUCUCUGUGACCCUAGAGUUCUUUCUAACAUGGCCCAGAGUGUUUUUCUGUCUGAAAGCUAAAACAUAUCCAUUACUAUUUAAGGGAAAUAUUACUGUGAGGGCUACGUAUUCUACUUAUGUCAAAGCUGGUAGCGGUGGGAUAUGUGAAUCUAAGGGAAAUGUUUAACCUAAAGUAGAAAAGUGGUCUGUAGCCAGACUCUCCUGCACUGUGAGUGUUCUGAAUUCGGGGUUUUGUAUGGGGUCAUAUCUAACCCAAAGAAAUCAGUUUAUGUUGCUAGACAAGUUCUAUAGAUUUUUAAGCAGGAUCCCUUUUUUAUUGCUAAAACUUUCCCUAUUACUUUUCUUCCGUGUUUUUUAAAUGAAUAAAGGGGAUGUGUUGGAUUGUUCUGUCUUCUUUUUUUUUUUCUUGAAGAGGAUUUCAGUAAAGAGAUGUUUGCAGUGCUGCAGGAAGGGACAAAAAGAGCAAGUGAUACUUCCAUGAGCACAUGGAAACACAGAAAAGGUGUUAGCUGCAUUUACUUUACUUUUUGCUUUUGUAUUGGAACGAUAUCUUUUCCAAAAGAUUAUGCCUGUAAAGCUUCCAAAUGCUGUGGCAGAAAGGCUUGGAAUUGGAAUGGUUUUGCAUGUGUUCAGCUUCAUGUAAUGACACUUGCCUUUCUCUCUGCUUGAGCUUUCUGCUUUGAACUUCGGGUUCCCUGGUAGGAGCCAUAACAUCCACACCCCAUAUGUAUUUACUUACUGGUGCUUCAAUGAAAAGCAUAGGCAGUGGUGGUUUUAUUUGUAACUGAGGUGGUUGUCUUUUCAGUGUAUCUUUAAUUAGAAGUGCCUGCUAUCUUUCAGACAUGCUCAUCCCAGGACCUCGGCAUCCAGAAUGUGGUGCUACUUCUUCUCAAGCCUUUGCUAAUGCCAAAUUAUUUAAAGCAAAAAAAAAACCAACAAAAAAACCCCAAAACCAAACCAAAAAAAACCCCAUAAAAAGGGAGAAUCUCUUUUUAGAUUUAGCCUUUGGUGAACAGCGCUGCCAGAAAUCCUGUUUUGCCUGAGCUGGCUUGUAUGUAAUGGCUUCCUGGUGAUACUACCGUGGCGGUGGGGAAGCAGAUGUGAUCGAGUGCAAGUGCCGUCUGUGUUUUGUUCCCCUGUGUGUACCCAAAGACUUCAGAGCUGGGUAACUUGUGAGCUGCAAGGCCCAUAUCCCCACCCCACCCCCGGGUUAGGGAUCUGCAUGGAAUUCUUUUCUGCUUAAUCUCCACAGAGGCCGGUCCUUCCGAGUAAGUUGUGACAGUGUUUCAUUCUGUAGCACUCACGAUGCCGAAUGGAUGUUCUGCAGUUGUUGGCAUUUUCCCGGUCGAGAGAUGAGUUAUGAGAAUCGCUUCACCUGAAUCCCCCUUAGGGCAGGUAAACCAUGUUGAUGCAUCUGUGUCAUAGGAUGAGCCAUAAACACGUUGUGAUUUUUCUUAGCUUUCGUGGAAAAGAAGUAAGCGUCUCACAAAUAAACAAAGACUGUUCGGCCUCUGAGCUUGUCGGGCUUUUGAGCUGAAUAAACAAGUGCUGCCUUGCAUUAAAUAGAGCAGAUGUUGCUGCACAAGGCCAUGCUUCUCUCGGUCGGGAAGAAGAUGGACUUGAGUUUGUCUUGCUGAACUAAACGAAUUCAGGCUGCGUGGCCUCGUCCCGCCUCCCUAGGACGCCAUCGUUACCCGUGCUGAAUUAUUCAGCCGCUACAUUUUCUAGGAAUGCAAAGUUUGUGGGUGAAAUCCAUAAAAAGCAGAGGAUGCGUAGCUGAAAGCAGUAUCUGCCUCGCGGCCUUUCUUGCUGGGGUGGCUGAACGCAGCAGUAGGAGCUGUAUUUGGUAGGUGUUGCCGUGAAUUCUGAAGAAUGCUGUGCCGUGUUGUGGUGGUUCGUGUCAGUACUGUGUCUUCCAGAAUACACAGGCACUUCAAAGGGAGCAGCUUGAAGAGCUGUUUCUAGGUUAAGACAAAAUGCGAGUAUUUUGUGACCUCAAAACGGGGAAAACGUUGUCUGUGGAGUAGAAAAAGGGAAGUGCACACUUGUGUAGUAAAAUGAGGAACAAUUCUACGAUUGCUUCCUAUUCCAAAUAUGGCACUGAAAAAGCAGUAAUACCUUAAAGGCUUGAAACUGCCUAGGAGUCUGACCUGCGUAUGUUAUAUUAUUGCUCUGGAUUCUUUUCUAGAGGAGUCCCGCUCCUUUCUCUGAUGGAGACCAAUCUUCAGGGGCGCAAGUUUGCUGCUGUUCCGCUUCUACAGGCAUUCGUGCAAGCGUGGGACCCCGCGAGGCGGCAGAGUUAGUGCUGUAGCCCAGCAGAGGUGUUUGUGAUCUGAGAGGUGAAGAGGGCGCUCAGGAUAACAGAUGUAUUUGCCUCUUUUAAGUUUUUAGGAAUUGUUUUCCUUUGUCUUUCCCCCACUCCCCAGGCAGAAAUGAAUUCAUGAAGAUGGGAUUACCCUGUGAUAAAGCUGACCCAUUGUGCCGACUGCCUUUAUCUCGUUGCCAAGGAAGGAACUCCCUCCUCUUUUCCCACAAAUGUCCCCGUCCUUGCUCUUUUGAUGGGUUUAUACAGGAUUUCCUAAAAAAUCAGUAGAGGAGGAAUGCAGGGAGAUAGCAGCCUGGCCUCUGUAGCCGCCGUUAUUCUCUGCUUCAGCCAGCGGACGCGUCAGCUCGGCGGAGGCCGAAGUCAGCACUGCCUUUUGACGUCUAUGCUCGUUCACACAGGGAGCUCCGAGGGCCGUGGCCCCCAGGAUCCCAGCCCGCUGCCGGAGCAGCUGUGGGGCUGCGGAGGCGCUGGGGACAGCUCGGGAUGCCCUUCCUCUGUGACCGCUAAGGCACGCUGGCGGCGGGAGGGGGAUCUGCAUAUCUCAUCCCCAGCGGUGUCUGCUUCGUUCCCUGCUGUGAAGAAAUCCCCGCACGUGCGCUUGCAACUGCACAGAGGCAGCAGAGAUGUAAGGCAUGGCGGAGGCUUUCUCCGCUAUGCUCACUGCUCCGAAGGACAGCGCUGGACAGAUUAACAAAAUCGAUAUGAGGUAGCAAUUGCAGAGAGAUUUCCGUCUUCGGCGGUGUGAAAUGAAGCAGUCUCAAAUGCAUCGGUGGUGUGAUGGAAGUGAGUAAAGACACAGCUGGGAUGGACUUGGCCGGAGCUGGCUGUUAGGCUGAGGACGAGGUCUCCUGGGGAAGUUCUGAUUCUCCAUCCAAAACUCAGCAACCCUGUGUGGUAAAGCCCUGUAGGACAGUUACAUCUGUAAGAGCAAGUGUCCUGAACCUUUAACACUGCAAGGCAGGAACGUGAAAUCUCUAGAAUAACUCUCCCCUGCUGCAGAUAACUGGCUGAAAAGUAUUUCCAGAGUAAAACUGCUUAAGAUACUGUGCAUGUAAAAUGCUUCUUUGGUCUUAUGUUUCAGCCCUUGGAGCCCUCUGCCCAGUCUCUCCAUGUCCGUAGCCAGCAAGCAUUUCUCUCAUCAUGAGUUCCGAAUUAAAUGUUCCGGUGGAUCCUUCCACUCCUGCUUGCUGCUCUGAACCUGGCACAAAAGGCAUGGAUUAUCGGGACUGGGUCCGGCGCAGCUAUCUGGAAUUGGUCACGUCAAACCACCACUCUGUUCAAGCCCUUUCGUGGAGAAAAUUGUACCUGAGCCGAGCCAAACUGAAAGCUUCCAGCAGAACCUCUGCUCUGCUGUCUGGAUUUGCAAUGGUCACGGUGCCUAAAAUAAGGUGGAGGUUGGGUCACAGUCUGCCAGAGCGAAGUUUGCAUAGCGUGAUCAGGGAGAUCGUGUUAUACGCUGAGGUUGCCAUGGUGGAGGUGCAGCUGGAGGUGCAGUACAAGUACCCCCAGAUGCUGCUGAUCGCUUUUAGUGCCUGCACGACAGUGCUCGUGGCAGUUCAUCUCUUCGCCCUUCUCAUCAGCACCUGCAUUCUGCCUAACGUGGAAGCAGUGAGCAACAUCCACAACCUGAACUCCAUCAGUGAGUCCCCGCAUGAGCGCAUGCAUCCCUACAUCGAGCUGGCGUGGGGCUUCUCCACAGUCUUGGGGAUCCUCCUUUUCCUUGCGGAAGUCGUGCUUCUGUGCUGGAUAAAAUUUCUGCCUGUGGGCUCCAUCCUGAAAAAUGAGACCGCCAAAGUCGAGAAGGCCAGCAGCCACGCAGGUUGGCAGUCAGCACUGGUCUCCACUAUCAUCAUGGUCCCAGUGGGUCUGAUUUUUGUUGUCUUCACCAUUCACUUCUACCGCUCUUUGGUGCGGCACAAAACGGAGCGCCACAACCGGGAGAUCGAAGAGCUUCACAAACUGAAAGUGCAGUUAGACGGGCAUGACAGAGGCAUGCAGGUAGUGUGACAGAGAGGCAGAGGCUGCUUCCAGCAAAUCUGCUCAGCUAAGGCUAGGAGCAAAAUACCUGUUUUGCUAGUUGGUGAGACGCACCAGUGAUGGAUUGUCUUGAGGCUUAAAUAUGUAAACGCUAAUUGCCUGCCAUAUAUAGCUGUGGGUUCUAGUGCUGUUUCGGAUGCUGGGGUCCCUGGCCUGUUUCUGGUCCUACACACUCGCGAACUUAUGUUGACACUGCCAUGGAGUUCAAGGUCAAAACUUUACCUACCUUAGCAUUGGUUCAGGUAGCCAAAAAUCUGUAUUUUUUACGAAUGCAGUAUUCCGUUGCCAAAAGUAAAACUGCAUCAGCUGUCCAAAACGCCCGUGUGUGUGUGUGUAGGACUUGUCUUAUGUGUCAGAACUCCCUGGUUGUCAGCGCAGCAGCAAUUAACUGGCAGCUCGUUUCUAGAGCUGAGCUGGUUAAUGAGGGUAUCUGCAGCUGACUUGAGGACAUCCAGGAAAGCACAACAGAAACUGUGAGUGUUGAUCACCUUUGUUCCAAAGCAAGUGUUCCAGAAAUACAUAACCAGAAAGAAAUCAGCCUUAGCUUUUAUGUUUUGUUCUUGCUAUUGCUUACUAUGUUUUUAUAGCUGGGGAGGUAGAAUUUUGAAUUGGAGGAGGCUGGGAAGUUUUGUCGUACUUUCUUCAGCAGCAUCUGUCACUUUAGAUUGAAUGUAUGCCAAGAUCAUGUGUUUUUUCCCAAUAAGAGACAAGAGGGCCCAGGGAAGGCUUACAGGUGUUUUAGUUUUAACAAGGACAUUCCUAAAACAGAACAGUGACAGGGAAUUUAAUGAGACGAAACUCUGAAGGACUAGAAAAGCAAGUUUCAAGGAGGUAAGGAGUGACAGCAUACAGUGUAUUGUAGAAUUCUGUCGCUGUGUCAUCUUCAUUUAUGUAUUGUUGCAAUGUCUUUUGCCUGAUUUGCUGGAGAGAACAAGCCCCACUCCUGAGUAUUUCAUCAGUUGUUUGGGGUUUUUUUGUCAUCUGUAGCAUUUGUCUGUCAAAAAUGAGCGCUUCCUUCUCCCUCCACCAAAGCAGGCAAACUCCUCUGGUGAAACCUGGAGCUGUACUGGUGAGUCUGACAGAGCUGGAUCUGGCGAGAGAGCUGUGUGCCAUUAAAGAGCGAUCCUGUUUCAUUUGAGCUGACUUUUUCUUUUCCCCCAGCAGCAAAGAAAAUGACACUUGCAUGUCUGUAUUGCUUAGCAAGGGAAGCUUGAAAAUUCUGUAGCGUUCUUGUGGGUGAAAACUACUGUAAAAAUGAUCUUAUGAUUUUUGGUGACUUUGUGGAGGGGAAAAGAGUGUUUUGCAAUCGUCAGCUCUUGUAAGGGAAAGUAAGGCUUUUUGCCACACAGGGCUAAAAGAAGCAUAAGCACAUUUGCUUGGCCCUGAUCCUGUGCUGAUUUCCUGCUCUGUGCUCAAACAUUGCAGUUUCAGAGUCUCCCAGGCCUUACAGGUUUCUGAAAUCAUUAAGGAUGUUUGUAGUGUUCUAUUUAGCCCUGGUCCCUUAUUCCACUGGGAUUUGAGAAAUCUAAUGGCAGCGUAUUACAUGUCAGCUUCCCAGAAUGGAGAGUACACGCAAAUCCCAGUGCAGCAGGGUGAGACCAUCCCUAUGUUCCUCUCUGGCGAGGGCCUUGGGAACCCAACUCUAAUCUCUCUUGUUUACAUGUGAGUUUGAGCGUUGCUGAACAAGUUGCUUAGCACUGUGUCUGUGGCUUUCAUCUGUUGUUCUUGCUGCAGUUGGCGUGUACCAUAUUGGCUGAUGUGCAGCAAAGAAAAUAGUCUUGUGUGCUAAAUGUCUGGUCUGUACUUAUGCACAUAUGCAAAAAAUAAGGAGUAUCCUCUGGGAAGUGGGUGGUCGUGAAAUUCAUACGAUCUCCCCAAGAGUCUGCCCUCUCUCCCUCCUCUUUUUACCAUAAUAAAAAUUAAAGGUUUAUACAACAAAAUCAGAGUUGAGUUUUCUGCCAGGUAUUAACACACGGAGGCUUUUCUACCAACAAAAUUCAUGUUGUGAGGCCAGAGCCAGACCAGAUAAGAUGAAUCUCUCAUCUGUGCUUUGCAGUCUCCUUUAACAUCAAUAAUAAUAGUACUCUCUGUGCUGUGGAGCUCAGGAGGUUGAGGAAAGCAUUGAGCCAUUUCUGUAAUUAAAAAUAAUAUCAAGUUUCGCAGUGUGCAUACAGUGCUGUGAAAGCAAUGCAGCUCGUUUGGAAACAGCCAUAUCAUUCGUUUAGUCCUUUGCAAAUGUAAUAAACUUCAGCAAAUGGAGAAAUGCAGCAGAAACUGUG